AAAAAAAAGUGAGCUAGGAUUAUUGAGCGAAUAUAUUCAAGAUUUUGAUAGGAUUUGCAAAAUUUUACGAUGUUUUCACCGUUGGCACGUAUUUCAAACAAACUGGGUAGGAAUGUUAUGACCAACUUUGUGAGGAACCACUCUCAUGGUGGUGUUCCCGGCGAGAAUCUGCCCUUUGAUAUUACCAACCGAUACAAGCUCACUUUGUAUUUCAUCCUAUUUGCUGGUUCCGGUCUUGCUGGACCUUACCUAAUUACUCGCCACCAGCUUCUCAAGAAGUAAGAGUAUAGUGUAACUAUGCCAGCUCUGCUAAUACAUAUUUUUUAGGAUAAGAUAGUAAGAAGUGUAUCAUAAAGCAUUAUUAAACACUAUGUUGUAAAAAGUUUUUUUGUUUUGAAUCCACUUCAUCAGUCCACCCUAUAUUCUC